AUGAAACUGUGGAAAUCGAAGAAAAGUUCCUCCGGCGGUGGAACGAGCUGUGUUCCAUCCGGCAGUGGCAGUGGUGGCGGAAAGGGUGUCGGCAGUGCACUAUCGAAAAGCUGCAAUUUCAAUGGCCACAACAGCGGCAGCAGCAACAACAGUUUCGAGGAUAAUAGCGUUGAGACGUCGUUCAUCAACCCUGCGGCGGCCGCUGGGGCUGCUGUUGGAAAUGGGACGUCGGUUUCGGUAACGACGACGGCCGGGACGCCGUCGGCUGCCGGCCUAAUGCAGUCAGGAGGAAAUACUACUGGCAGCAUGAUGUCGGCCAUCGAUCGCGCCAUGAGUCCAGCACAAUCCGAGGACUCCGGACUGGCGGCGGAUCGCGGAACAACCUACGCCACCAUUUCGAUUCCACGCGAUCAGGGCCAGCCGAUGGGAAUCAUACUCGCAGAACGAUCGGACCUUUCCUAUCCGCCGGUGGUCGAAUCGAUCAACGGACCGGCAGCGGACUUGCUGGCACCGGGCGAUCGGAUACACCAGAUCGAUGGCAUUUCGACGAUUGGAUUGACCAAUCAGCAUUUGUUCAGCAUUCUGGCGCACGGCGACGGGCCGGCCGUGAUCGAGAUCGAGUACUCAUUUCCGGAGUAUAUUUCACAAAACAGCCUGUGCGUGACCACUAAACUGGCGCAGAUCACAGUGGAACGGGAAAACGGUUGCCUGGGGCUGACGCUACGUGGCGGCGGUGAAUAUCCGCUGGUCGUGACAAACGUACGAAUGCACGGUCCGGUGUUCAAAACCGGUCAAAUUAAACCUGGAGAUCGGGUGCUGCGUGUGGAUAAUAUUUCCCUUGUCAACAAAACCCUUUCCGAGGCGCAGCACAUUCUCAAAAGUGGCCACAUGUCCGGUUAUACAAACCUGACCAUCGAGUAUGAUGUAUCGGUGAUGCAAAGCGUGGAAUUCAGUAUGGGACCACUGCUGCUGGAAAUUGAGCGACCUAUGAACGAAAAACUAGGACUGAUCUUGAGUAAUUACUCCAGUGCCGUGAAUCAGAGUGAAAUCUAUCAUAAGCUGGAUGAGGUACAGCCGGCCGGGAUCUACAUCGCAAGCAUCUUGCCAGCCAGCAUUGCGGAUCGUUGUGGUGCACUUUCCGUUGGCGAUCAGAUUCUAUCCGUUGAUGAAACCAUAGUGGAAAAUAGUGCUUACUCACCCGAGGAAGUGACUUCCUUGCUGGAUGCCAACUGUCCUAAGGGCUAUACCCAACUACAAAUUUUACCUGCGCAUACACUCAUUCGGAGAAGAGGCAUUUCAUGCUCCAGCCCAAAGUACGGUUUUAACACAGUUGACUCGCGUAAGAAUCUGGCAGCCAACAAGAACCGUCGAUUGGUACGCAAAAGUUCACUGCCACAGCCGGCUGAGAACGGAGGGACUCUACAUCCGAACGUGGGCCUUUGCAAAGCGGAAACCAUUCAGCUAGUGCUGGAUUGCUCCCAGGGUUCGGGCAUUUGUCUUGGGCCGAAGACACCCUGUGGUCGGGGUCACAUCAUCGCACAGGUCCUACCGGACUCGGUUGCCGAGCGUUCGGGCAGUCUACAGAAGGGUGACCGGAUUUUGUCCGUCAACAAGAUGUACAAUUUGGAUGCUGGUACGAUUCGACAGUUGCUGGGAGAUUUUGGCUCGAAGACGGCAGCGAAUCACUAUCACAAUCAGCCUCAGACUGCCAAUUGGGUCGAACUAGAGCUGGAAUUCGACAUGGCGGAUAGUGUGAUUCCGUCCAGUGGAGUGUUCAACAUCAAGCUGAUCAGACAAAAUAAGUGUGGCUUGGGUAUUACGGUAAAUGGGAACAAUCAUGGUUCGUUUGUUAUAUCGGAAGUAAAGCCAGGUAGUGCCGCCCACCGGACUGGUUCUUUGAGGGCUGGGGAUGUUCUGUUGGCCGUUGAUAACCACCCUGUGCAGCAUUAUAACCUAGAUCUGCUGUUGAAGGAGAGCAAAAACGAAUAUAUUACACUGACGGUGAAACGAAACUCGCUGCCGGAUUUUUUGUUCGAUGCCCAGCAAAAGACCAAUAUACUGUACGGAAGCACGGAAGACAAUGCCUACAUCUAUGGAACCAGAUACAACGAAUCUCCCUCGUUAAAAUCUAACAACAACGUGGAAUAUUUUCAAAUAGAGGACCAUCUUCAGCAUCAACAGCUGCGGAGGCCAAUGUGGAACCAGCCUACACCGACAUACGACGUUCUGCCGACUUCCAGUGGAAACAGCCAGAUGACCCAGAGUACGGGAACCAUCAAAGUAGUUCAUCAUUCGUCCCCUCUUCAGGGUCAGCUCUCCUGCAGCUCCGAGAACUUACCGCAUCCUCCCAUGCAGAUGUUAAACGCUGAAGGGGAUCUCGGUGAGGAUCGCUACGAUGACAUUGUGCACUACAAAAUGGCUUCCAUGAACAUCAAUAGCAAUAAUUACGUAGGUUUGGGCAAUUCCGCCGGUAGUGGCACACACGCUGGCAUAGGCGGUGGUGGAGGUGGCGGCGGUGUCGCCGGCGAGCAGAUUCAGCAGCUCAUAUUUAAUGUGCGGUUAGAGCCGAAAGGAGGUCCACUGGGUAUUACGUUGGCCGGGAGCGAUGAUCUGCAGAAGCCAAUCAAAAUCAGCGCUUUGACAGAGGGUGGAAUCGCUCACCAGAAUGGACAGUUGAAGGUAGGAGAUUGCCUGUUGGCAAUCAACGGUGAGACCAUUUGCGGUGUACCAUUGACCACAGCCACCAAGUUGUUGCACAAGUUUGAAAAUGUAGUAGAUUUGCAAAUCUCGCGAACGGAACGUUCCGGUGGUCCGCAUGUUGGACCGGGCAUAGGCAGUAGUGGUGCUGGGGAAGCUCAGGCACAAGCACUUUAUGCCAAGGUUCAGCGCAGACCUCGCAGCCCCUCCAUUACGGAUGCCCUGUCGACGAACUCGAGUUCCAGUUCUGGCAACUGUCGGACACUGCACGUGACCCUGUUCAAGGAUCGCGUGUACGACGAUUACGGCUUCUCUGUGUCGGAUGGUCUGUACGAGAGAGGAGUUUACAUAAACAGAAUCCGAUCAGGAGGUCCAGCAGAUCUCGUCGGAAUGUUGCGACCCUUCGACAGGAUUGUACAGGUUAACGGAACAAAAACUCAGGAUUUCGACUGUUGUCUUACGGUGCCAUUGAUUGCGGCCGCCGGAGACAAAAUCGAUCUGGUUAUACAGCGAUCCCUGACGGAGUGA